AGCGGGCGGAACUGGAACCCGGGGCUGGCUGGGGUACAGCCUCUUGAAGGGCAGGACCCUGGCGGAGCUGAAGGUAGAGCAGCGAUAGUGCGCCAGCCUAGAGGUUCUCAGGAGUCUGAGAAGACGAGGUGUAACCCAGUUCUCCCAGGGGUACCAGCUGAAGAGAUACUGCUGGACUCCAGACACACCACCAUGGGCAGCCCAGAAGGGCGAUUCCAUUUUGCCAUCGACCGUGGUGGCACCUUCACAGAUGUCUUUGCCCAGUGCCCAGGAGGGCAUGUGCGUGUCCUGAAGCUGCUCUCAGAGGAUCCUGCCAACUAUGCAGAUGCACCCACAGAGGGCAUCCGCCGCAUCUUGGAGCAGGAGGGAGGUGUGUCGCUGCCUCGAGACCGACCCCUGGACACCAGCCGCAUUGCCAGCAUCCGCAUGGGUACCACAGUGGCCACCAAUGCACUGCUGGAACGACGUGGGGAGCGGGUGGCGCUGCUCGUGACACGGGGUUUCCGAGACCUGCUGCAUAUUGGCACCCAGGCCCGGGCAGAUCUCUUUGACCUGGCUGUGCCCAUGCCAGAGGUUCUGUAUGAGGAGGUGCUGGAGGUGGACGAGCGAGUGGUGCUCUACCAUGGAGAAUCAGGAGCUGGAUCUCCUGUCAAAGGCCGUACAGGGGACCUGCUAGAGGUACAGCAGCCUGUGGAUCUGGGGGUCCUGCGUGGGAAGCUGGAGGGGCUCUUGUCUCGGGGCAUCCGCAGUCUGGCAGUGGUGCUCAUGCACUCAUACACGUGGGCCCAGCACGAGCAGCAGGUGGGCGCACUGGCCCGGGAGAUGGGCUUCACACACGUGUCUUUGUCCUCGGAAGCCAUGCCCAUGGUACGCAUUGUUCCCCGGGGGCACACGGCCUGUGCUGACGCUUACCUCACUCCCACCAUCCAGCGCUACGUGCAGGGCUUCAGCCGCGGUUUCCAGGGCCAGCUAAAGGAUGUGCAAGUACUCUUCAUGCGCUCUGAUGGUGGCCUGGCACCCAUGGACGCCUUCAGUGGUUCUAGGGCUGUGCUUUCUGGCCCUGCUGGUGGUGUGGUGGGCUACUCAGCUACUACCUACCAGCUGGAAGGUGGUCAGCCUGUCAUCGGCUUUGACAUGGGAGGCACAUCCACAGAUGUGAGCCGCUAUGCUGGAGAAUUUGAGCAUGUCUUUGAGGCUAGCACAGCCGGUGUUACCCUCCAGGCCCCUCAGCUGGACAUCAACACGGUGGCCGCUGGUGGGGGUUCCCGCCUCUUCUUCAGGUCCGGCCUCUUUGUGGUUGGGCCAGAGUCAGCAGGUGCUCACCCAGGUCCUGCCUGUUACCGCAAAGGGGGUCCUGUGACUGUGACAGAUGCCAAUCUGGUCCUGGGUCGCCUGCUGCCUGCCUCUUUCCCCUGCAUCUUUGGACCGGGAGAAGACCAGCCGCUGUCCCCAGAGGCAUCCCGAAAGGCUCUAGAGGCUGUGGCCACUGAGGUCAACAGCUUCUUGACCAAUGGACCUUGCCCAGCUUCCCCACUAAGUCUGGAGGAGGUGGCCAUGGGGUUUGUGCGUGUCGCCAAUGAAGCCAUGUGCCGGCCUAUCCGUGCUCUCACACAGGCACGAGGCCAUGACCCCUCAGCCCACGUGCUGGCCUGCUUUGGAGGAGCUGGUGGGCAGCAUGCUUGUGCCAUAGCCCGGGCCCUGGGUAUGGACACUGUGCAUAUUCACAGGCAUAGUGGGCUGCUGUCGGCACUGGGACUGGCCUUGGCGGAUGUGGUUCAUGAAGCCCAGGAGCCCUGUUCCCUGUCUUACACACCUGAAACCUUUGUGCAACUGGACCAGAGACUGAGCCGCCUGGAGGAGCAGUGUGUGGAUGCCUUGCGGGCCCAGGGCUUCCCUAGGUCUCAGAUCAGCACUGAGGGCUUCCUGCAUCUUCGUUACCAAGGCACUGAUUGUGCCCUAAUGGUGUCUGCCCAUCAGCAUCCGGCCACAGCCCGCUCACCCCGUGCUGGAGACUUUGGAGCAGCCUUUGUUGAGAGGUACAUGAGAGAGUUCGGCUUCAUCAUUCCUGAGCGGCCGGUGGUGGUAGACGAUGUGCGAGUGAGGGGAACUGGCCGUAGUGGACUUCGGCUGGAGGACACCCGCAAAGCCCAGAGCGGACCUCCGCGGGUGGACAAGGUUGGAGGCUUUGCUGUGCUGGUCCACCUACAUCCUCAGGACCUGGGGACAAGUGCUGAUGGGGAGGAGGCCCAGCUCAUUCCACACCCUCUGCAGGUGACCCAGUGCUACUUUGAGGGGGGUUAUCAGGAGACCCCCGUGUACCUUUUAGGAGAGCUGGGCUAUGGGCACCAGCUCCAGGGGCCCUGCCUUAUCAUCGACAACAACAGCACCAUCCUCGUAGAACCAGGUUGCCAAGCAGAGGUGACUGAGACAGGGGACAUCCGCAUUUCUGUGGGAGCUGAGGCUCCUAGCAUGGCGGGCACCAAACUGGACCCUAUCCAGCUGUCUAUUUUCUCACACCGCUUCAUGAGCAUUGCUGAGCAGAUGGGCCGAAUCCUACAGCGCACAGCCAUCUCCACCAACAUCAAAGAACGCCUUGACUUCUCCUGUGCCCUCUUUGGGCCAGAUGGGGGCCUGGUCUCCAAUGCGCCCCACAUUCCUGUGCAUCUGGGCGCCAUGCAGGAGACUGUACAGUUCCAGAUUCAGCACUUAGGAGCUGACCUGCAUCCUGGUGACGUGCUGCUCAGCAACCAUCCCAGUGCAGGGGGCAGCCAUCUUCCAGAUCUGACGGUUAUCACCCCGGUGUUUUGGCCAGGCCAGACACGGCCCGUGUUCUACGUGGCUAGCCGAGGGCACCAUGCAGACAUUGGAGGUAUCACGCCAGGCUCUAUGCCUCCUCACUCUACCGCACUGCAACAGGAGGGUGCUGUUUUUCUGUCCUUCAAACUGGUCCAAGGAGGCGUCUUCCAGGAAGAGGCAGUGACAGAGGCCCUGCGGGCCCCGGGCAAGAUCGCUGGCUGUAGUGGAACCAGGAACCUGCAUGACAACCUGUCGGAUCUUCGUGCCCAGGUGGCAGCCAACCAGAAGGGCAUCCAGCUGGUGGGAGAGCUGAUCGGGCAGUAUGGCUUGGAUGUGGUGCAGGCCUAUAUGGGUCAUAUUCAGGCAAACGCUGAACUGGCAGUUCGAGACAUGCUUCGGGCUUUUGGAACCUCCCGGCAGGUCCGGGGCCUGCCCCUCGAGGUGUCCGCAGAGGAUCACAUGGAUGACGGCUCUCCUAUCCGCCUGCGUGUUCAGAUCAACCUGAGUCAGGGCAGCGCAGUGUUUGACUUCAGCGGUUCUGGGUCCGAGGUGUUUGGCAAUCUCAACGCCCCGCGGGCCAUAACGCUGUCUGCUCUCAUCUAUUGCUUGCGCUGUUUAGUGGGCCGUGACAUCCCACUUAACCAGGGUUGCCUGGCUCCUGUGCGUGUAAUAAUUCCCAAAGCCUCCAUCUUGGACCCAUCCCCAGAGGCAGCAGUGGUGGGUGGCAACGUGCUCACGUCUCAGAGAGUAGUGGACGUCAUUCUGGGAGCUUUUGGGGCCUGUUCAGCCUCCCAGGGCUGCAUGAACAAUGUGACCCUGGGCAAUGCCCGUAUGGGAUACUAUGAGACGGUGGCUGGUGGUGCAGGCGCGGGACCUGGCUGGCAUGGGCGCAGUGGUGUACACAGUCACAUGACUAACACGCGCAUCACGGACCCGGAGAUUCUGGAGAGCCGGUACCCGGUUAUCCUGCGCCGCUUUGAGCUGAGGCCAGGCUCUGGGGGCCGAGGUCGCUUCCGGGGAGGUGAUGGUGUCAUCCGAGAGCUGGUCUUUCGGGAAGAGGCGCUGCUGUCUGUGCUUACUGAGCGCCGGGCGUUUCAGCCUUACGGCCUCCACGGGGGAGAGCCUGGUGCACGAGGCUUAAACCUCCUAAUCAGAAAGGAUGGGCGCACGGUGAAUUUGGGCGGGAAGACAUCCGUGACGGUGUACCCUGGGGACGUGUUCUGCCUUCACACGCCUGGCGGUGGGGGCUACGGAGACCCAGAGGACCCAACGCCACCACCAGGCUCGCCCCCACUAUUUCCAGCCUUCCCAGAGCGCGGCAGUGUGUAUGAGUACCGCCGUGCCCAGGAAGCUGUGUGAGCGCCUCACAAUAAAGAUCCUUUGAGUUGCACGGUUA